CCUGCGGCCUCCCUCUGGGCAUGAGCUCGGGAGGGUGGAGAACCAUGGCCCCUGGCCCCACCGUUUUCUUCUGCCUUGGGCUGUGCCUGGGGCACGUGACACAGGAUCGGAGCGGCCUGCUGCCCAAGCCCUCCCUCCGGGCCCUGCCCAGCUCCCUGGUGCCCCUGGGGAAGCCGGUGACCCUCCGCUGCCAGGGGCCCCCGGGCGUGGACUUGUACCGCCUGGAGCAGGUGGGGUCAAAGUACCACGACCUGGCGGUCCUCUUCAUCCCAGCCAUGCGGGAGACUGAUGCCGGGUGUUACCGCUGCUCUUACCAGAAUGGGAGCAGCUGGUCCCCUGCCAGUGACCAGCUGGAGCUGGUCACCACCGGAGCUUAUGACAAGCCCUCGCUCUCCGCCUGGCCCAGCCCCGCGGUGUCCCUGGGAGAGGAUGUCACCCUGCACUGCCAGAGUCACUAUGGCUUUGACCAGUUUGCUCUGCACAAGGAGGGGGACACUGCGCCCUACAAGGGACCCGAGAGGUGGUACCGGGCUGAUUUCCCCAUCCUUACGGUGAUGGCUGCACACAGUGGGACCUACCGAUGUUAUGGUUUUUUCAGCAGUCGCCCCUACCUGUGGUCGCCCCCCAGCGACCCCCUGGAGCUCGUGGUCACAGAGAUCUCUGUGACCCCCCGCCGGUUACCCCCAGAACCACCUUCCGCUGUGACAGAGCCUUCUAGGAAUACCACCGUCCUUCCCAAGGGGACAGCUUCUCCAGCUGGCCUCGCCCACCAGUACUACACUAAGGGCAACGUGGUCCGGUUAUGCCUCGGGGCUGUGGUUCUGCUGCUCCUGGUGGGCCUUCUGGUAGAAGAUCGGCACAGCCGACAGAAACGCCGGCCUCUCCGGGUCAGAGCUGUCCACAGGCCGCUCCCACCCCUCCCAUAGAGGCUGAAAUCCCCCGGGCAGCAGGACAGAGGUCGACCGGAUGGUCACAACCCUGCACGCCACCGUUAGAACCCCAGGCUUUGCCAUAAGUACGAGAUGGGUCACGGGACGGGGAGGGGACGUAAGACCGCGUGUGGGUGUGAGAGCGGGAGGGUGGAGGCCCCAGCCGUGGAGGAGGCGCUGCAUCAGGGAGAUGCCAAGUCCGCGUCCGGCUUUCCCACCAGGGAUGCCCUUUGGGAGGAAGGGGCCUAGUGGGUGCCCGCAUGUCCUCCCAGGUCCCUCGCACAUUGUGGAUCUUACGGCAGCCUACCUGGAAGGUCAUACUUAGGUCCUUCUCCAACCUUCUCUGGUAGGGGCUCCAGAUGGGCUCUCACAGCUGACCCAGUUCCGUCCACUUCCCCAAGGGCCCCCACACUCUUGUCUGGUUAGCCACAAGCCCCCCCUCACUCUAACUCCACCCUAAGCUGCGCCCUAAGUCUCCUUUGUUAUUUCGAAUGGGUCUGGAAUAUAAUACCAUAGAACAGACAUGUCAGUGGCUUCCCUUCAUAUGAGAAAAAGAAUCCAAAGUACUAACCUCGUCCCGAUGGCCAGGAUAGGCAAGCUGGGGGGGAAUAACUCGGUAUGGGGUUGCCUUUGGGAAGAUUUAUCAGGCAGCUACCCGUGCAGGCCAAGAAACAGCAGAACUGGGCAGGGACGGGCAAGGUGGACAGAAAUCAGUGCAGUCACGGACGUUUCUGUCCCGCUUUCUCCCCACCCCACUGCCCUGGGCUAAGUUCUCUCCAAAUAAAGUAUCUUUUCUCUGAGUUUGAUCAGAAGCCAUUAAUA